UUGCAUUCUCAAAAUCUUCUGACAAUGGGCAAGAAGAGCAGCGAGCCCAAGCCUACAGAGAAGUUGGGGCACUAUAUUAUGGCUCCGUUCCGGGCCCUAGUCCGGGCCAGAGACAAGUACGUCAACACGAUGACCAACUACGCCAGCCGGGCCCAGCGGGGCAGAGUCGUGGCGUCGUCUGUGCCUCGAAGUCAGAGCCACGGGUUCUACAACAGAACUGGUUCGGGGGAGGAUGAUAUCCGGGACCUGAUACGGGCUGCGUCUAAAAGAUCGAAGGAUCUGGCCGUGGUGCCGAGGAGCCAGAGCGUGGCGGUGGGGAUCGGAAUUGGGAGGAUCGAGGAGGACCGUGAGUUCGAGGAUGAGGCCGUAUAUCCGAGGAGUAGAAGCGUUGCCGUCAUGGAGAAGGGGAAGGUUGGGCGCUUGAUGGGUUAGGAACUGAACAGAAGGAUUCAUAUAGAGACGUCUAACUUGUAUCGAGAGACUUUGUUAAUAUUGUUGUUCGGUUCAUUUGUAUAUGUAUAUGGAGAAGAAAGAGAAACAUCCUUGGUUGAGCUCUUCUAGCUUGAUGUUAACUAUGCCGUACCUUCUCCAAUUUGUGAUCAAAAGUUGAAUGACCAUCAUGCUG